CAAACCAAGACUUACCUUAUAUGAGGAACGUUAAUAAGACAGAUACCAAUAUGAAGAAAGAGGAUAAAGUUGACCUAACUUUAUUAAGCUAUAACAUACUUAUUCCGAUAUUAGGAAACCAUCUUUUUAUGCCAAGAAGGUUAAUUAAGAGUAUCACAAACUUUGAGAAAAGAUACACCUACCAUUUUGAAACCCUAUUUCCUAGAUUAGCACCAGAUGUUCUUUGUCUACAAGAAGUUACUGAAACAUACAUUGAAAUGCUAGAGGCCUCAAAGUUUUAUAAGGAAGGAGGUUACACAAGAACAAAACAAACUAAUUACAUUAAGCAUGGACACACUCCUAUGGUUGUCUCUAAGUAUCCCAUGGAGUGAUUAACUCAUGAAGAUGGAAGAUUUGUGAUUGCUAAAAUCACAAAAGAAAAACAGCAAUUCAUUAUUGUUUGUGCUCAUCUUACAGCUUAUGAGCAGAAAACAGAAGAAAGAGCUAAAGAAAUGGGAAUAAUCGCUGAGAAACUUAAAGAGUUAAAUAUAAAGUCACCUAAAGAUACCAUCUUCUUGUUAGGCGAUCUAAACUUACAUUAUCCAGGAGAAAGCAAAAUCUGAGACCAAUAUGGAUUUCAUGAUCUCUGGCUUGAGAGGCAUUCUCAUUUUGAUGGCUACUCUUGGGAUCCUCAAGAGAAUGCUAUGUCUAGGUGGUUGUUUCCUCUAGAUAACAGAAGAAUGAGACUAGACAGAAUUUGCCUCAAAAACUCCAACGCAUUCGACCUCAUCGAUAUCCAAAUGGUAGCUAAAGAACGCAUCGAUGGGUUCUGUUUGCAAUCUUCAGACCACUUCGGACUCUUGGCUACUUUCAAACAGACUUCUAAAGGUUUCACAGGUGAUCAGCCCAAUGCUCACAAGCAAGAGUAUGCAAAGCUGGCUCCGGACUCGCAUGGGUUCAGAAGCAUCAAAACCAUUGUCGCGUACAGAGUCAUCACAGCAGUGACCAUUGUGCUGAUGCUGCUGUAUUUGAUUUACAAAGUUGGGUGUUUUAUGUUUUAAAUAGCUUUACAUCAAAUACUGUAAGGGAUCUUAUAAUUGCUAAUGAUAACCACUUGCAAUAUCUAAUUGGAACCUUAAGAAAAAUCUGUAUUGAUGGAGUUUUCUUGUUUAAUCUGUG